AUGUCAGCCGCGCAAGACACCCUCCCCCUCUUCACUCUCGACGGCGGCCCGCCCUCGCCGCGCCCCCACUCCCUCCCCUCCUCCUUCCUGCGUCUCGCGCGCGGCAGCCUACCCCUCUGGCUCCUCUCCUACCUCCCCCUCUCGCCGCAGGGCGCCGCGCCCGCGGAGCCCGAGACCCUCUCCCUCGAGUCGCGCGUAGUGCCGCUCGGCGCGUGCGCCUUCGCCGACGGCGUCGUCCAGCGCGGCCGCUGGAUCCGCAAUGUCGACGCCGCGCUCGCCGGCGUGGAGGGCGCGCGCGGCGGGAAUGCCGUGUGUAACCAAAAGUAUAACUUUCUGUCUUUCCUCCCGCUCGUCCUGUAUGAGCAGUUCCGUAUGUUCUACAACCUCUUUUUCCUCCUCGUCGCUUGCUCACAGUUCAUACCGGCCCUGCGCGUCGGCUUCUUCUGGACGUACUUCGGGCCGCUGGUCUUCGUACUCCUCGUAUCCGUGUCCAAGGAGGCCUUCGAUGACCUUGCCCGCUUCCAACGCGACCGCAAGUUGAACAUGUUUGCGUAUUCGUUGCUGCUCCCGGAUGAAAACGGCUCGGCGCAUACUGUCCGCAUCCCCUCCCAGGACAUUCGCGUGGGCGACGUCCUCAUACUCGACACGGACGAGCGCGUCCCGGCCGACUGCGUCUUGCUGCGCGUCGUGUGCCCGGAGGAUGACCAUUCGCCCGCAGUGAAGGAUAGGACGGAUGCGGCGCCGUCGGCGGGGCAGGGAGACACCCUAUUUAUUCGCACCGACCAGCUUGAUGGCGAGACGGACUGGAAGCUGCGCCGCGCCGUGGCGGGCUCGCAGUCGUUUAUGAGGGAUGAGGAUAUGCUAUAUAGCCACUACCAAAUCGAAGCAGAGGCUCCAAAGAAGGAGAUUUACGACUUUGUCGGUACCUUUGUCGACCCAAACGAUCCGUCCGGGAACAAGGAGCCGCUCACCUUGGAAAACACUCUCUGGGCAAAUACCGUCGUGGCAUCCGGGAGAGCCAUCUGCGUCGUUAUGUAUAAUGGAGACGAGACGCGCAGCAUGCUCAACACAUCGUCGCCUCGAAGCAAGAUUGGAAAGCUCGACCUCGAGGUAAAUCGCAUGUCCAAAAUGCUUUUCUUCCUGCUCUUCUCCUUGUCUGCGUUGCUCACGGGCUUGCGGGGCUUCUCGGGGCAGUGGAUAUUGUACUUUUGCCGCUACUUUCUUCUCUUGUCGGCCAUCAUUCCUAUUUCCAUGCGCGUGAAUUUGGACAUGGCUAAGAUUGCCUACACAACGUUUAUUGAGAACGACAGCGAGAAGAUGCCUGGUUGUACAGUUCGAAAUUCUAAUUUGCCGGAGGAGCUCGGACGCAUUGAAUACAUUCUCACAGAUAAAACGGGGACGUUGACGCAAAACGAAAUGUCUUUCAAGAAGCUACAUCUGGGAACAAUGCUGUUUGCCAGAGACUCUCUCGAAGACAUCUACCAGUACGCCAAGGCAGCGUUCCAACACGACGCCGCGGAUCGCGCGAACACGGAGUGGAAUGAGACCACCGCUGACAACCGCAUGGUGCCUAUGACGAGCGAUAACAUCAGCCGAAGCUCCAGUGGAUACGGAUAUGGACGCGACGUCGUAAAAGGGAGGCGGACCCAUAAGCAGAUUCAGGAGGCGCUGCUGGCAAUCGCUCUUGCUCAUAAUGUCACUCCUGUCGAAGAUGCUGGUCAAAGAACGCUUCAAGCUGCCAGCCCAGAUGAAGUUGCGCUAGUUACGUUCGCCGAAUCUGUCGGUAUCAUAUUGAAGGAAAGAUCCAUGAGUCGAGUGAUUCUAAAGGUGCCAGGAAACUUAGAGCUCAGAUACGAUAUCCUUGCUGAAUUUCCGUUCACAUCUGCCGCGAAGCGAAUGGGAAUCAUAGUCAAGGAGCGCCAUACAAACGUUAUCACCUUGUUCGUGAAAGGUGCUGACACAACUAUGGCCAAGAAGGUACGAUACAACGACUGGCUUGAUGAGGAAUGUGGUAAUUUAGCGAGAGAGGGGUUGCGCACACUGGUAUAUGCCAAACGCGAACUCUCCAUCGCUGAUUACGAAUUGUUUGCAGACAGAUGGCAAACAGCUCGUACUUCGUCAAUAAAUCGAAAGGAGUAUAUGGCCACUGUGCAAGAGGAGAUUGAACAAGACAUGGUUCUACUUGCCCUUACGGGCGUUGAAGAUAAGCUGCAGCCCAAUGUCCGGGAAUCUCUGGAGAAGCUUCGACACGCUGGCAUUCGAAUAUGGAUGUUGACUGGAGACAAAGUAGAGACGGCGACCAAUAUUGCUGUUUCGUCGAGAUUGGCAGAACGGUCACAGGGGAUCUUCACCAUCACCGGCAUGACAGGACGAAAUGAGGCCAGCCGCGCCCUGGCCAGGUUUCGACGGGUAGCUAGCACUGACGUCCUUGUUGUGGAUGGCACGUCUUUGCAAAUAUACUUGGAUAUGUUUCCAGAACAGUUUAUCGAAUUGGCGGCAAUGGCUCCGGCCGCGGUGGCAUGUCGAUGCUCACCAACACAAAAAGCUGCAGUGGUCCAGCUUCUACAAACGCAACUAAACAAACGAGUUGCAGCGAUUGGAGACGGGGGCAACGAUGUGGGCAUGAUCCAGCAGGCUCAUGCUGGGAUUGGGAUUCCUGGGAAGGAAGGAAUGCAGGCUUCGUUGGCAGCAGAUUUCAGUAUCACGUCAUUUUCGCAUCUGACGCGGCUGCUCCUCUGGCAUGGUCGAAACUCGUACCGUCGCUCUGCUCGCUUGGCGCAGUUUGUAAUCCAUCGGGGUCUAAUUAUUUCAAUCAUCCAAACCGUGUACUGUGCCUUAUUCUUCUAUGCAGCCGUGAGUGUUUACUCUGGAUGGAUUCUUGUCGGAUACGCAACUGUAUUCACUAUGUUUCCCGUGUUCUCCCUCAUUCUGGAUGAAGAUGUGAACGAACAUGCGGCAGACACGUAUCCCGAACUGUACAAAGACCUGCAAAAGGGAAGGUCGCUGAACCUAAAAACUUUUCUCAUCUGGGUGUUCAAGUCUAUUUACCAAGGCACUAUGAUCAUGGUGUUCUCAGUGUAUGUGUUAUGGGAUGAUGAAUAUUUCACGACCCUCCACCUGAGCGCGAUCUCGUUCACCUCACUAAUAUUAACUGAGUUACUGAUGGUGGCCUUUGAGGUGCACCGAUGGCACUGGAUGAUGAUCGCAGCUGAGGCGUGCAGCUUAUUAUGCUACGUGGCGUCCAUAUUCAUCUUGCAGGACACUUUCGACCACUCGCUCAUUUUUCAAUGGGGCUUCCUCGGCAGAGUAAUAGCGGUAACCCUCGUGUCUUGUGUGCCCGUCACAAUAGGGAAGUGGCUGAAGCGUAAAUUCGCGCCGGCGCCAUAUUCAAAACUGGCGUAG